CUCAAAUUAAGUCACGUUUGGUCGCCAGGUUGAAGCCAACACGGCACUGCUUCUGCCGCGUACCUGCCCAAGGCAGCGCAAGUGUCAAAAUGUUAUUCUUCAGCUUCUUCAAAACCCUCAUCGACCACGAGGUCACGGUCGAGCUCAAGAACGAUAUCCAGAUCCGCGGCGUUCUCAAGAGCGUCGACCAGUAUCUCAACAUUAAGCUCGACAACAUCCAGGUGCUCGAGGAGAUCAAGUACCCGCACAUGAGCGCCGUCAAGAACGUCUUCAUUCGCGGUUCCGUGGUCCGGUACGUGCACCUACCCGCGAGCGCGGUGGACGUGCCGCUGCUAGAGGACGCGACGAGGAGAGAGGCCGCCAACCAGGCUGGGAAGGGGAAAUGAGACGGCGAGAGAGGCUUGAUGAUGGGUGAGGGGGCGAGUAGUAUGUCAGCGCUUUGGAUCGGUUCUACCCGCGGGGGAGCGAGGGGGAAACGCAAGAGGAAGCCUACAACGGGACCGCACACGCCUUUGCCUUAUUUAUGCCUGCAGGGAGCUUGUCGGGAGGGGAACAUUACGUUCAGCAGGCUGGAUUUAUGUCGGGUCGCGUUCGGGGGCGAUAAAAAAAAAGGAACAUUUGGAAC